AUGUGGCCCCUCUUCCCCCCGCUGCUGCUGCUGCAGUACAUCAAACAAACCGACGCGGAGAUGCUGUCGAUAGAGAAGCUGCGCGCAGCAGCAGAGCGCGCCCCCGGAGCCGCAGACACCGUUGCUGCUGCUGCUGCUGCAGCUCCUGCUGCUGCUGCUGCUGCUGCUGCUCCCCGCUGGACCCUGCCAGUAAGGUCCUUCCUAGACUUAAGAAAAACUGGCUGGACUGGGCACUGGCGUUUCCAGCAGGACCUCGCAGUCAUACGCCAGCGGACCAACAAAAACUAA